UGAGUGGGCGUUGCCAAACAACUUUCGAUUUGUUUCUGUCGCUUGUGAAAUACAUUUUUUUUAUGUGGAAGAGAUCAGUUGGUAUGUUACUUAUGCUUUUUACAGAUUUUUUUUAAAGUAAAGCCUGAAGUCAAACUGAAUAUGUCCAUGCGUAAAGAAUCGACAAAUUGAGAUAUAAGAAAGAAGGAUAAUAAGGAGCCUGACGUUAAUGACGACAAGAUCAGGAAGAAAACAACGGCUUUGAUAUCAGCAGUCAAACAAAUCAUGUUAAUACUGAGAUAGGUGCACAAGUAUAUAACGCAGACUGUCACGUUACUGUCGAGAAAAACCAAGCAUCUUAUACUAAAGAGGGUCCAUGUGCUGAAAGCAGUAACGAAAAGGAGGAUAUGAUGAAUAAUGUGAAAACAUCCAAUGAUUCAAACAAAAGUGAGGACAACACAAAGUCAGAUGCCGAUAAAGAUCAGAAGUCUGAUCUGAACAAGGUCACAGAAGGGGCCAGUGAGAAUGAAAAUAAUGCUAUGAAAGAUAUCAAACCAGUUAAUGUAGAAAAUAAAAAUAUGAAGGACGUCAGCUUAAAAAGUGGUAAAGGAGAUACGACACAACUAAGUGCUAUAAGUGCUAAAUCAAAUGAUGACACGGACGAUAAACAUAAACAAAAUAUUGAGGCAGCUUGUAAUUCAGAGACACUGUCCAAACAACAAGUGGAUGUCAAUGACGAUAAAGCAAGUACCGGCGCAAAAGCUAAAAACAAAAAGUAUGUAAAGCCUGAAGACAACUUUGACAAAAAUAUCCAAAAUCAACAGAGAGACAAAAGAAAUAAGCAACAAAAUCAAAAUGGACAAGUGAAAACAGAUGAAAAAAAUAAAAGAGAUCCAAAAACAAGCAAAGGAGCUACUCGUGAUCCAAAUAAAAAACCCAAAGAGAAUGCAGCAUUGAGACGAAAAGCGUUCGAGGCAUAUGAAUUCUUUUGGAGAUCACACUCUCCCUACAGUCAGUGGUAUCCAAGUGAUUUCACUCUCGAUGGGAUCAAAUUUAACUGUGCAGAACAGUUUAUGAUGCACAGCAAAGCAGUAUUAUUUGGGGAUGUAGAAACUGCAGAAAAAAUACUCAAUACCUCUGAUCCUCGUAAACAGAAGGAUUUAGGUCGACUUGUGGAAAAUUUUGACAAAAGCUUAUGGGAUGAUAGCUGUUCAGCAAUUGUUGAACGUGGAAAUAAAGCAAAGUUCUCACAAAAUAAAGAACUUAAGACGACUAUUCUGAAGACUUAUCCUAAAGUGCUUGUCGAAGCUAGUCCUCAGGACAAAAUUUGGGGUAUUGGACUCGAAGCAAAUAACCCAUUGGCUUGGGAUUGUAAAACAUGGAAAGGACAAAAUUUACUUGGAAAAGCAUUGACUAAUGUGAGAGAUGAGUUGAUGAAGAAAGAAACUAGUCAGAAUACUGUAUGUCAAAAUACAGAAACGAAGGAAGAAAGAACGACAGAAAAUACAAUGAAUAGAUUAGUAGAUUCUGAUCCCCAAAAAGUCGAUGAGGAAGAAACAAGUUUAAGUAAUAACAGCAGAGCAGAAAAAAUAACAGACGUUUGACAAAGAACCAACAAACGUAUUCCUAAUCUUAUCAAUGCAAACUAACUUUGAGAACAAUGAAGCAUUCAGAAUUGAGAUACGGAUACAUAUUUCAAUUUGGUUGAUAAAAAACAUACUUCACAGAAACAUUGAAGAAAGCACACAAAUUCGAAAAAGUCGUAGACCAAGUCUGGAAUAACGAAGGUACAAACCUGUAAAAACAUUUAAACAGACACAUAAAACGAUUGAAAUGAGAAAUUAAACUUUCACUUUACACGGUUAAUAUUAUCAUAAUUGCAGCACUAUUACUAUAUCCACCAUUUCUCUAAAAAAUCUCCGAAAUUAGUAGAAAGAAACAAGUGCUUUAAAUAUAUAUUUUGUUACAUCAUGUGAUUGACUUAAAACAUCGAGAUUCGUGCGGUCUGUUUUAAUAUCUGAUUGGAAUGCACUGAAAUUAUAUGAUAUUGAUCUUAUUAUACAAUAUUUAUUACCUAAAAGUGUUUUGAGCAACGAACGUUUUACAUUUUAAAUUUUAAGUACGAUUUAUUUUUAUCACUUACUUUGUUUAUAUUUAUGAAAUUUAAUUCACUUGUUUUUUUUUUAUCUAUCUAUCUAUUUAUCUUAUAACACUUAGUUUAAAUUUAUAUUAAUUUUUAUGAUGUAACAUAUCAUACUUCCUAAGAUGUUUAUUAUUUUUUUAAACACUUUAUACAUGUAUAUUUAUUUUUUGAUCACAUUUGAACUUUUUAUUGUGAUAAACAUUGGGUACAAAUUUUAAAUAUAG